AUGGGGUUGACAGUAGAUACACAAUGUACUCUAUGUCACAACCAUGAGGAAAAUAGAGACCAUCUGUUUGUCAUUUGUGAGUAUACCAAGAACCUGUGGAUGAAGAUUAUGCAAUGGAUGCAACAUGAAUAUAAAAGGACACAGAACUGGGUACAGCAUCUUGAAUGGAGUUUGCAGCAUGCUAAAGGCAAGACCAAAAGAGCAAAGAUAUUCCGAUUGGUAUAUGCAGAAAUAGCACAUGUAAUUUGGAUUGAGAGAAAUCUGAGGAUAUUUGAGAAAAGGGCACGUGACUGGACUACUAUUGCUCGUGAGGUUGCAUACAUAUGCAACAUCAGAGCUACUGCUGGCAUUCAGAGUUUAGUACAUAGUUAUAGUUUUGUUUGA